CAUGAGAGCAAAGUUACGACUCUCAAUCGAGUAUUUAGUUACAUUUUAUCACCAAACCGCAAUACCUACCCCCACAUUUAAACUCUGGUAAUUAUCAGAUGCCAAGAAAGCUUAGCAAAUAAUCUUGAGGACUGCCGAAAAUUCCGUGCCGUAAUUAGAAUCUGGAGUUCAUCGCUAUUUUGGUGGUUCUUCGUGAAAGCGUGAUUUACGUCACCCGACUUAAGACACUCUCAAAACAGCAAACUCCCUUUUACGUUGAAAGCUCUUCACCGCGACAGCCUCCUAGUGUCAAUGUUUAUCUUGGGUGGAAAUUUCCACCAUUAAAGCGAAGAGAUUUUCCGGGGGAAUUCGAUUAAAUCUGUGAACAAUGGUUAACGGUUUGAGGAGAUUGGAUUCUCUUGGAUCGUUUCUGUUCUUGGUCCUGUUCUGUAAAGUUUUUCAGGCAACUGGCGUGAGAGUGGGAAAAUGCCCAGACCUGCCACGUAGACUCUCCCAGAGAUGUCCUCCCGAUACCAUUGACCAAUGCAAAUAUGACGAAGAUUGUACCGGGAAUAACCAGCAAAAAUGUUGCGUGAUUGGCUGUGGCAAGAUUUGUUUUAAUCCAGGUGACCUAGCCUUCAUCAGUGGUAACAGUAAGUGCCCGGUCUUACCAAGGCCUGACCCGUGUCCAAACCUGCCAAAUCAGUGCCUAAAAAGAGAUGAAUGUAAGAGCGGGCAAGAGUGCUGCUCUGAUGGAUGCAGAAUGACCUGUCAACCUAUCGUUACCCCAACUACACAACCAACCAAAGGGUUUGAAUGGGAAAGUUGUAAUGCCACCGUGGACGUCGCCUUCAUCAUUGACUCGUCUGGGAGUAUCGCUAGAAGGAACUACAAAAAAAUCAAAGACUUUGUGAAGUUCAUUGCAAGUAGCUUUGGCAUUUCGCCGAAUGGUACCCGGGCAGGUAUCGUCUUAUACAGUACAAAAGCCUCAGUCAGAGCGUACUUCAACGAUUCCCGCACCACAGAUGAGUUCUUAGAAAAGGUCGACAAGCUUCCCCACGAAAGAGGUUUCACUUACAUCAACAAAGCUCUUGAACUGGCGUCGUCGCAGCUUUUCUCGCACGCGCGGAAAGAUGUACCAAAGGUGGCAAUGUUGUUGACGGAUGGCGAACAAACGGACCCUGGUAGCACAGUAAACCUCAGAGAUGCUUCCGCGCCACUGAGGUGGCAAGGAGUACGCGUGAUCGCUUUUGGUGUUGGAAAGAGAAUUAAUGUGCGUGAAUUGCGCUUGACGGUGGAACGAGAUGAAGAUGUGAUAACAGUGAUGAAGUUUGAUGAUUUAAUUAAAAAAGUGAGAAAUUACACCAGGAAUCUUUGUGAGGCAGCUGCGACGGAACCAAUCCACCCUGAUGCUGACAUCAUCUUGUUGAUGGAUUCUUCCGCGGGCGUAUCCUGGGAACAGUUGAACUUGCAGCAACAGUUCGUUCGUCGUAUGGCUCAUUACUUCAUCAUAUCGCCACUCGGGCCACGUGGCGCGUUGGUCACUUAUCACAGAUCUUCAGUCACUGUCAUAGGUUUCUCUGAUUAUAGCAGUACAGCAGACUUUAGUCGUAAAAUCAACAACGCCCGAUUACUUGGUGGCGCGCGGAGGAUCGAUCAAGCGCUGAAUUACGCUACGAAAAUGUUCCAGGACACUGGACGCGAGGGUCUGAGAAUUGUUAUUCUCUUGACCGCGGGUAACUACUACUCGGGACGUGGAGCGAAUAGUAUCUCAUCUGUUGUGACAAGAUUGCGCAGCAUCGACGCACAUUUGUAUGUGAUUGGCAUUGGCUCCCAGUUUACACCAUCAGUGUUCACGCAAAUGGUUCGCAGACCAAGCGACAUUUUUCAAGUACCGUCCUUCAACGACCUAGCACCGUGGCAGUCACGUAUCGCAAGAAAACUGAGACUGGCUUCCAAUACCUUUAAGUAUGAACCAUCAGACUUUCGUUCAGAUGUGAUAUUUCUGAUGGACUCAUCGAGGUUCGUGACAAAGGAGAACUACAUGCUGGAAAAGAACUAUGUGAAGCUGAUGGCUCGCCUCCUGAAUCUCGCCAACAACAGAAGCCGAUCUGCUCUGUAUGCGUACAGCGACCGUCCAAUGCUACAAAUCACAUUUGAUGGUUACGAAGACCGCGAGGCGUUCGAAACAGCUGUCAACCGCGCACUUCAUCUCCAACGAGCCCGUCGCAUCGACAGAGCACUUGUAGCUGCAGCGGAACUUUUGCGGACAAGAUCACGGCCAUCUGUACCCAAAUAUGUUAUUCUCUUGACAACUGGAAGGCAAACGCAGGUGGCCGACACGCGCUCCCUGAGAGAGACCUCGCAACAGAUUCGAUCAUAUGGUGGGAGAUUGUUUGUUGUCGCUAUUCUCACGGGAGGAUAUAAUGUUCGUGACUUUUACCAGGCUGUUCAAAGACCCGAGGACGUUAUUUCCGUUCCAUCAUUUAUCAGUCUACUUCCACGCGCUUCUUUCAUGGCCUCACGUAUCAUGGCAACGUGGCGAGCCCCAGAGGCGCCAGCUUUUUCCGCUGACAUCACCUUCAUUUUGGACUCUUCCUCGGCAGUAACACCUUUCCAAUACGCUCGAGCUCAACGAUUUGUCAGAAUAUUGUCAGAGUACUUGAACAUUUCACCAGGAAAAUCACGGGGGUCGUUGAUCACAGUGGGAGAUUCUCCUGUAGUAAACUUCAACUUUGACGGAUAUAACACACACGCCGAAUUCAGAACUCUGGUAACCGAUGCGUCAUAUUUGGGCGGCAGUUCUUCAAUCAACAGCGCAUUAAGGACAGCAGCGACUAUGUUUACCGGAGCGCGUGGAUCCUACCCCUGGCUGGUUAUCCUCGUUACUCCCUGGCGACCGAGUGGCAUAAGGGAUACUAGGGCUCUAGAAGCCGCUGCUCGCCCUUUGUUGAAUCGCGGGAUCUGGUUAUACGUGCUGUCCGUCAGUGAGAACCGGUAUAUCGAGUGGCUACGUCCAGUGGUUGUGGAGCCGCGGGAUGCUUUUUCAGUCGUUUCUUACCGCGAUUUACCCGCGAAUAUCGGGUCUUUGGCUAGUUAUAUGACGGCUGAUAGUUAUCUCUAUGGAGGCUCCAAAUUCCUGUUGGACGUCAUAUUCCUAAUGGAUUCCUCGUCAGGCAUCAAUUCCAGGGACUAUAGCAUCGAAAAAUGGUUUAUCCAAAGAAUCGCAAUGCACCUUGGUGUGUUCCAAGGCAAAACAGUAGCAGGUUUGUUGACGUAUGGAGGUAAUGCCUCAAUUGUAUUCCCCCUUGGAGGUUACAGUUCCAAUUCAGAGUUUAUUCGGCGCUUGUAUGAUGCUCCAAUUAUGGGAGGGGUCCGACAGACGGACCGUGCUCUUGAUACUGCAGCAGCCUUGCUCUUAAGAUCUCGAUCAACUCUGCCAAAGGCGGUCGUUCUCAUAACGGCGGGAGAUCAAAAUACGGCACCGGGCACCAUUCCUCUAGAAGAAGCUGCUCGGCCUCUUCGCCAACUGGGAGCCUGGGUCUACGUUGUAACUGUUGGACGAAUGGACGUCAAGGAACUGGAAAAGGUUAUGAUAAGACCGACGGAUAUGUUGUUGGCUAGUUCUUUUUCAGGUCUUUAUGGAUUCGUCUCGCCAGUGGGUACAUACGUGGCUAAUACUUCCGUCAUAACAGGGACAUCUUCCUUGAACGCAGACAUCGUUUUCAUCAUUGAUUGUUCUUUAAGUGUCCCUUUCCGUGAGUACCAAAGACAGAAGGACUUCGUGACGUCUCUGGCACAGUACCUUAACAUCCAACCUGGGCAGUCUCGGGUGGCGCUAAUAGCCUACGGUAGUCGGGCAAUGCCCAUCCUUCGCUUUGACAGUUUCAGGACCCUUGAGCGUUUCUAUUCCGAGCUUACCAAGACGCCAUACCUCGCAGGACCUAGAAAUGUUGACAUGGCGCUAACAAUAGCUACGCAGGGUAUCUUCAUAAGAGCCCGGGAAAACGUCCCCAAGGUCGUGCUUUUGUUUAUGGCGGGAAAACAAGCGCGUCCAUCAGGCUCGUUACGAGAUUCAGUUCGACCACUCCACCAACAAGGGAUUAGGACUUUUAUUUUCCGCAUUGGAUCAGAACCAGCGCUGAGGGACCUCCAUGCAGCUGUUGAUCUUCCUGGCGAUGUUUUCGAGUUUGCAAGUUUUGCAGACCUGGAUUUAAAGAGAGUACCAUAUCUGGCGAGGCACAUACCUUAUUUUUCUGCUUUCCUGGGUCCGCUCAGCUUAGCUGUGGACGUCGUUUAUCUUAUUGAUUCGUCUGAAUCAGUGACAUCACAACAUUACGAUGAUCAAAAGACGUUCGUGAAGCAAUUGUCGCGGUUUUUAAACAUGAUGCCAGGCCGCACUAGAGGUGCUAUUAUUACUUAUGGAUCCACUGCGACAGUGAUUUCAAACUUUGGUGCCACAAGCACGACUCAAGAAUUCUAUAGCGCCCUUGACAGAGCGCCAAAAAUUGGAGGACCGCGACGGAUGGACCGAGCAGUCGACAAAGCGCGAGCAGCUUUCGCGAAAGCUCGACCGGCGGUACCUCAAGUCGUCAUUCUACUGACGGCGGGAAAUCAACAACGAGGCAUUCAGGCGUCGAUAUUAGAUACGUCGUUCCAGCAACUUUACAAUCUUGGGGCUCGACUUUAUGCUGUUACUAUCUCUCGACGACACUUUUUAUUGCCUUUGAGGGGCACUGCUGGUUCGGAUUGGUUCCCAGUGAAGUCUUUUAUCGAUCUUCCUCGCUAUGUCGUGCCGUUAUCAAGAUAUGUAGCCCACGAUACAGCGGCUCUUGGUCCAUACAACUUUGUGGCUGACGUAGUCUUCAUGUUGGACUCCUCGUCUGACGUCACGCCCGAUGAAUUCGUGAGGGAAAAAGAGUUCGUUAAGCUGAUCGCAAGGUACCUCAAUAUCACACCGGGAAAGUCCCGAGGUUCUGUCAUUAUCUUCAGCACUGAAGCCCGACCCAUCUUGCCCUUUGAUGGCUACACGGACAUUACGGGCUUCAACUCAAUCAUCGACCGAGCCCCGCAGAUAAGUGGUACGCGAAGGAUUGACCGAGCCUUUAAUGCCACUGCAAACUUGUUUCAGAACUCCCGACCAUCUGUUCGCAGGGUCGCCAUACUGCUUACCAGUGGAAGGCAAUCACCUGAUGGGGGAUCUUUGGUGGACGCUAUGCAACUGAUGAAAAACCGUGAUGUCAUCACUUACGUAAUAUCUUUGGGACGUACAUCUGACGUCCCCGUCGAAAGACCACAGGAUUUAUUAUAUGUUGCGUCGUACAAUGACCUCCCAGAACAAGUUCAAACGAUUGCAAGCUCCAUAACCACUCCGAGAGAUCCUUGCGUCACGCCUGGUUGCAAUGCUCCAUUUAGCGAGGGUUGCAGAGUUUUGAACAACAGACCACAGUGCAUUUGUCCCACUUGUACCAACAUCCUUAGGCCUAUUUGUGCAUCUGAUGGCGUACAGGAUCAGAGCGAAUGCAAUAUGAAACAACAAGCUUGUCGUGGAAAUAUAUGGGUUAACGUUACAAAGGAGGGACCAUGCGAUAAAGAAUGCAGUCCUCUUUUAGAUAUCGCAUUUAUCAUCGAUUCAUCUGGGAGUAUUGGCCGUAGAAACUGGGAAAGAACAAAGCGAUUUGUUAAAGCUGUGAUCAGCAAACUGGUACUUAGUGCUUCCGCGGCCCAUGUGGCUGCCAUAGCAUAUAGCACCGAUCCCCGGGUGGUGAUCAGGUUUAACAGCUUCCAAGGGACACUGCAGGUCAAUCAAGUAUUCGAUGCUAUGCGCUGGCAGCGUGGCUUCACGUACACGGACAAGGCUCUUCUUUUGGCAGACUCAGACCUAUUUCAGACUUCAAAUGGAAUGAGGACAAAUGCAAAGAAGAUUGCCAUCGUGAUCACAGAUGGUAAGCAGACGACAACAUCGCAAUACACCAAACUUUCAGAAGCCUCAAGUGGAAUUAAAGACAAAGGAAUCACCGUCUAUGCCAUUGGGGUUGGUGGUGGAGUGGACCGUGCAGAAUUGGAAGAGAUAGCAUCCGGACUGGAUUAUGUAUUCACUUCAUCAUCAUUCGAAAGCCUCCAGAACGAGGCUUCAAAAAUACGGAAGAGUGUAUGUGAAGUAUCAUCACCUAAUCCCUGCCAAACUAAUCCUUGUAAUGCUCCAUACAACAUCGGAUGCGAAGUUGUAGACAAUGUGGCGCAGUGUAUAUGCCCCACCUGUCCAAACAUACUGAAGCCAGUUUGUGCAUCAGAUGACGUCGUGGAUCUUAGCGAAUGUCAUUUAAAACGUCAGGCUUGCCAAGGAAAUAUUGUUGUUUCUGUUGCAAAGCAGAGUCCAUGUGACAAAGACUGUCGCCCCAUCAUGGACCUCGCUUUCAUCAUUGACUCCUCUGGUAGCAUUGGGCGAGGUAAUUGGGAAAGAAUAAAGCGAUUCCUUAAAGCGCUAGUUAGCAAACUUGACGUUAGUGCUUCUGCCACGCACGUGGCAGCUAUCGCCUACAGUACGAAUCCACGGGUAGUGAUGACGUUCAGAAACUUCCAGGGAACAUCUCAGGUUAAUCAAGUGUUUGAUGCUAUGGCAUGGCAACGCGGCUUGACCUAUACGGACAAAGCUCUCCUGCUUGCAGACAGAGACCUUUUUCAGACUACAAAGGGAAUGAGGUCUAGUGUACCAAAGGUGGCCUUUGUAAUCACAGAUGGUAAGCAGACGACAACGGGCGCGUACACGCGCCUCUCGGUGGCCUCUCAAGGAAUGAAGAACAAAGGUGUCACUGUGUACGCUCUUGGGGUCGGCAGCGGAGUAGACAGAGCGGAGCUUGAACAGAUUGCCUCAGGAUCGCAAAAUAUUUAUACUUCGGCAUCAUUUAAAGAUCUACAGAAUAUAGCCGGAGGGAUAAGACGCCACUUUUGUAAAGCAUAUGUUACUGGACCCUCAACAAUUCCAACACCCACAACAUCAGAUCCAUGUGCUACGGGCUGCACUGCUCCGUUCAAUGAAGGCUGCCGCGUAGUGAAUGAUACUGCGCAGUGUAUCUGCCCCAGUUGCCAAAAUAUCUUCCUCCCUGUAUGUGCAUCUGAUGGAGUACAGGAUCAGAGUGACUGCCACAUGAGAAAACAAGCCUGCCAGGGUGAUAUAGAUGUUACUGUUGCAAAGCGGGGCGAUUGUGAUAAAGAAUGUCGCAACGUGGUAGACGUCGCUUUUGUGAUCGAUUCAUCUGGAAGUAUUGGUCGAAAAAAUUGGGAAAGAAUGAAGCGAUUCCUAAAAGCUCUGGUCAGCAAACUUGACGUCGAUUCUUCUGCCACUCGUAUAGCUGCUAUAGCAUACAGUACCAAACCAAAAGUGGUAACGAAGUUUGACGGCUUUCAGGGCACCAACCGAGUUAAUCGAUUGUUUGAUAGAAUGCUAUGGCAACGUGGUGUUACCUACACGGACAAAGCCCUUCUUCUCGCAAACAGAGAGGUGUUCCAGACCUCUGCGGGGAUGCGACCACACGUACCAAAGUUAGCAAUUGUGGUCACAGACGGUAAACAAACAAAAGUACCAUCCUACACCAGACUUUCGGUGGCGUCUCAAGGAAUGAAAGACAAAGGCGUCAUUGUGUAUGCUGUGGGAGUUGGCAGGGGAACGGACAGCGCAGAGUUAGAAGAAAUUGCAUCUGGAUCACGAUACGUUUUAGUGUCUUCAUCAUUCAAAGAUCUCCAGAAUCUCGCCCCAGAAAUGACAAGACGAUUAUGUGAACACAAACUAUCAGUUUCAACCCCACCACCAACAACAACUCCAUUACCGACAACUCCAGAUCUUUGCCAAACCCCUGGCUGUAGAGCCCCAUACAACAUAGGCUGCCGUGUUGUAGACAAUAAGGCGGAGUGUGUGUGCCCAACUUGUGUGAAUACCCGUCGACCUGUUUGCGCAACAGAUGGUGUCCAGGACUUAAACGAGUGUCAUCUGAGACGCCAAGCCUGUGAGGGAGAUAUAAAGGGCGUCGCUGUUGCCGUGGAGGAACCUUGUGGAAAGGAAUGUAGCGCCGUUUUGGACAUUGCAUUUGUAAUUGACUCAUCUGGAAGUAUCGGACGCAAGAACUGGCAGAAAAUGAAGCGAUUCCUCAAGGCUUUUGCCAGUAGACUCGACGUUCGUCGCUCUGCCACCCGCAUAGCAGCUGUAGCAUACAGUAACAAUGCUGAGGUGGUAACAACAUUUAAUGACCUCCAGAGUACGGAAGAGGUAAAUAGGAAGUUUGAUGGGAUGCGUUGGCAACGAGGCUUCACGUACACGGACAAAGCUCUCCUCCUAGCGGACCGAGAUGCGUUUCAGACAACAAACGGGAUGAGAUCUAGUGUACCUAAAUUGGCGGUUGUGAUCACAGACGGUAAGCAAACCACGUCAAAGCCCUACACUAAACUCGCAGUGGCCUCUCAAGGAAUGAAAAACAAAGGUGUUACUGUGUAUGCUCUUGGAGUUGGCAAUGGAGCUGACCGUGCGGAGCUUUUGGAGAUUUCAUCUGGGCCACAGUAUGUUUUUAUCUCCCCAUCAUUUGAAGAUCUUCAAAAGCUUGUCUCACUUUUGACAAGAGAAUUUUGUAAGGAUAUGCUAAUCACCACAGUUUCAACUCCACCCCCCACAACAACGCCUUUUCCGACAACACCUUUACCAACUACGCCAGAUCCUUGCCAAACGAUAGGCUGCAGAGCUCCAUACAAUAUCGGCUGCCGUGCUGUAGACAAUAAGGCGGAGUGUGUGUGCCCAACUUGUGUGAAUACCCGUCGACCUGUUUGCGCAACAGAUGGUGUCCAGGACUUAAACGAGUGUCAUCUGAGACGCCAAGCCUGUGAGGGAGAUAUAAAGGGCGUCGCUGUUGCCGUGGAGGAGCCUUGUGUUCCUACUCCACCCCCCACAACAACGCCUUUUCCGACAACACCUUUACCAACUACGCCAGAUCCUUGCCAAAGGAUGGGCUGCAGAGCCCCAUACAAUAUCGGCUGCCGUGUUGUAGACAAUAAGGCGGAGUGUUUGUGUCCAACAUGUGAGAAUACCCGUCGUCGACCUGUUUGUGCAACAGAUGGUGUCCAGGACUUAAACGAGUGUCAUCUAAGACGCCAAGCCUGCGAGGGAGAUAUUAAGACCAUCGCUGUCGCCAAGGAGGAGCCUUGUGAUAAAGAGUGUAGCGCCGUUGUAGACAUUGCAUUUGUAAUUGACUCAUCUGGAAGUAUCGGACGCAAGAACUGGCAGAAAAUGAAGCGAUUCCUCAAGGCGUUUGCCAGUAGACUCGAUGUUAGUCGCUCUGCUACCCACAUAGCAGCUGUAGCAUAG